CACAGGGCCUAGGGUAGGUCCCCACUGUGAGGUAACUAGGGAGAUCCCCUAAACUGUGUACACUGCUUCUAAACUAUCAUGGCUGGUGUGCCAUUGAAAGAUGUGACUCUACCAGAUGUCAAGAAGGUUCUCCUCCUGUCAAAGCAUGCUGACUACAUACAAGCAUUCGAGAAAGACAAAGAUGAUUAUGAGUAUGUGACUACGGAGUUCCUUCGUAUGAGUGGUAUAUACUGGGGUCUGACUGCAAUGGAUCUCAUGGAUCAACUCCAUCGUAUGAGCAAAGAUGAGGUUAUCAGGUUCAUUAGUGACUGUCAAGAUAAGGAGUCUGGAGGAAUCUCCCCCUCAUUACAUCAUGAUCCACACCUCCUCUACACACUCAGUGCAUUGCAGAUUCUGACACUGUAUGACUGCGUUGAUACUAUUGACCAAGAGGGUGUGGUCAGAUACAUCACUAACCUGCAGCAACCUGAUGGGUCAUUCCACGGAGACAAGUGGGGUGAAGUGGACACGAGGUUCUCAUUCUGCAGUCUGGCAACACUGGCAUUACUGGGUAGACUGGAGGCUGUGGAUGUGCCCAAAGCUGUGGAGUACAUUGUGUCCUGUAUGAACUUUGAUGGAGGGUUUGGACGAAUACCUGGCUCUGAAUCACAUGCUGGACAGGUGUAUUGUUGUGUGGGUGCCUUGGCUGUGGCUGGAGCAUUGCAUCGUGUUGAUGCAGACAGACUCGGAUGGUGGCUUUGUGAGAGACAGCUUCCCUCUGGUGGACUAAAUGGUCGCCCUGAGAAGCUCCCUGAUGUGUGCUACUCUUGGUGGGUACUAGCAUCACUCAAGAUGAUAGACAGACUUCACUGGAUCAGCACAGACAAGCUAAUUGAGUUUAUUCUAGCCUGUCAGGACGAUGAGACCGGAGGAUUCUCUGACAGACCAGGAGACUGGGUGGAUCCUUUUCAUACUCUGUUUGGAUUGGCUGGUCUUUCGUUGCUAGGUAACAAAGAAAUCAAACCUGUUAAUCCAGUUCUGUGUAUGCCGGAGGACGUUCUCGAGAGAAUUGGACUAAAGUUCAGGUUGCUAUAGUAACAGUGUUUUAGCUUUUAUUAUAGUUUUCAAUCAGGUUUUCUUAUCUUUGUUGUGAAUGUGAGCUAGCUAUCAGUCAAUAGAACAUUCAGUUAAUUAUUGUUGUUGAAA